AUGCAGAUCUUUGUGAAGACAUUGACAGGCAAGACGAUCACGCUGGACGUGGAGCCGUCGGACAGCAUUGACAAUGUGAAGCAGAAGAUUCAGGAUAAGGAAGGCAUUCCGCCUGACCAGCAGCGUCUGAUCUUUGCCGGCAAGCAACUGGAAGACGGUCGCACGCUUUCGGAUUACAACAUCCAAAAGGAGUCGACGCUUCAUCUGGUCCUGCGUCUCCGUGGUGGUGCUAUUGAGCCCACGCUUGCUGCUCUGGCCAAGAAGACGAACUGCGAGAAGCAGAUUUGCCGUAUCUGUUAUGCGCGUCUGCCGCCUCGUGCGACCAACUGCCGCAAGAAGAAAUGCGGUCACAGCAACCAGCUGCGUAUCAAGAAGAAGCUCAAAUAG